AUGGGGACUGCUUCUGACAGGCUUAAGCUCUUUUCAUUUUUGCCCACGAAAUUUCCCGGAAGAUCAUCUCAAACCCCAAAGCUGCUUCCUUUCUUCAUCAUCUUCCUCCUCUGCUACUCCCCUGCUCUAGCAGCCGACGAAGACGACAUAAGAUGCUUACGAGGAAUCCACGCCUCCCUCGCCGACCCUCACGGCGUUCUCAAAUCAUGGAACUUCGCGAACACCACUGUCGGAUUCCUCUGCAACUUCGUCGGCGUCUCUUGCUGGAACAACCAAGAAAACAGAGUCCUCAACCUCGAGCUCAGAGACAUGUCUCUCUCCGGUCAAAUCCCCGACUCUCUCCGGUUUUGCGGGAGCUUACAGAAGCUCGAUCUCUCCAACAACCGAUUAUCCGGCACCAUCCCUCGCCGCCUCUGCUCUUGGCUACCGUUCUUGGUCUCUCUUGACUUGUCUAACACUCAAUUAAACGGCGAGAUUCCUCCCGAGUUAGCGGAGUGUAGGUUUGUUAACUCUUUGGUUCUCUCUGAUAACCGGUUAUCCGGUCAAAUCCCGGUUCAGUUAUCCUCUCUAGGGAGAUUAGUGACCUUCUCUGUUUCCAACAACGAUCUAACAGGUCGCAUUCCUUCUUUCUUUACCUCACCGAGUUACUCCACUGAUGAUUUCAACGGGAACAAAGUCCGGUUUUCCGGCUUCUACAAAAAGAAUCUCGCGAUUAUAAUCGCAGCUGGUGUGUUCGGUGCUGCUGCAUCGAUCUUGUUAGCCUUUGUUGUUUAUUUGAAGCGGCGGAGGACAACAAGCAGUUUAACAGAAGGAGGAUUGGCGCAGAGGCUUAGAAUCCAUAAGCUUGUUCAGGUCUCUUUGUUUCAGAAGCCUUUGGUUAAGGUCAAGCUCGGGGACUUGAUGUCUGCCACUAAUCACUUCAGCUCUGAGAAUAUUAUCGUUACGACUAGGACGGGGACGACGUACAAGGCGGUUUUCCUGGAUGGCUCGGCGCUCGCGGUGAAGCAUCUGAGCGCCAAGUGUAAGCUCGAGGAGAUGGAGUUUCGUUACGAGAUGAAUCGGCUGUGGGAGCUGCGUCACCCUAACUUAGCGCCGCUUCUUGGCUUCUGCGCUGUGGAGGAAGAGAGGUUUCUUGUUUACAAGUACAUGUCUAAGGGGACGCUGAAGAGUUUGCUGGAGGAAGAGGAUGUUGAGUUGGAUUGGUCUACUCGGUUUAGGAUCGGUUUAGGUGCUGCGAGGGGUUUGGCUUGGCUUCACCAUGGAUGCCGCCCUCCUAUACUUCACCAGAACAUUUGUUCGAGUGUGAUUCUCGUUGACGAAGAUUUCGACGCGAGGAUAGUAGAUUCAGGGCUUGCUAGGCUUAUGGUUCGUUCGGACAACAACGAUGGGUGUUUCAUGACUGGUGAUUUAGGUGAGUUUGGUUACGUAGCUUCUGAGUAUUUUACCACGAUGGUAGCUUCAUUAAAAGGCGAUGUGUAUGGACUCGGUGUUGUCCUCUUGGAGUUGGCUACAGGGGUAAAGGCUCUUGGAGGGGAAGGCUUCAAAGGGAGUUUGGUUGAUUGGGUGAAACAGCUUGAAAGCUCGGGGAGAAUGGCUGAUGCGUUCGAUGAAGGCAUUAGAGGGAAAGGGCAUGAUGAAGAGAUCUUGAAGUUUGUUGAGGUUGCUUGUCAUUGUGUGGCUCCAAGGCCUAAAGAGAGAUGGACUAUGUUUCAAGCGUAUCGGUCAUUGAAAGCUAUGGCUGAGAAACAAGGUUACUCGUUCACAGAACAAGAUGAUGACUUCCCUUUGAUUUUUGACACCCAAGAGAACUGA